AUGAGAGUCUUCCUUUGCUUGCUGGCGAUUGGCGCCGUAGUCAACGCGGGCUACAUUGGCGGUGGUGCUGGCGGUGGCGGUGCAGGUGGUGGCGGACAUGGACAUGGACAUGGUGACUCUGGCGGCGGACCCGAAGUCAAAGUUAUCAAAAUAAUACACGAAUCGUCGGGUGGCGCAGGCGCUGGCGCUGGCGGUUGGGCAGCAGGAGGCGGCGGUGGUGGUGGCUGGUCAACAGGCGGCGGCGGUGGCGGUGGCGGCUAUGGAGGCGGCUCUCAAGGUGGACAGGAUGUUAAGAUUAUUAAAAUCAUUACGCAGCCCUCAGAUGGUGGCUAUGGAGGUGCCUCUAGUGGUGGCUGGUCUGCAGGUGGUGGCUCCAGUGGUGGCUGGGCUGCUGGUGGAGGCGGCGGUGGUGGCUGGUCGUCCGGAGGCAGCGACACCAACACAGCUGUAAAAAUCAUUAAAAUCAUCACAGAAAGCGGCUCAAGUGGUGGUGAUGCCGCAGGCUGGUCCGCUGGUGGUUCAGCAGGAGGCGGUGGUGGCUGGUCUUCGGCAGGUGCGGCAAGCGGUGGUUGGUCCUCGGCUGGCUCAUCAGGCGGUGCCGGUGGCUGGUCGUCGGGUGGCCCUGCAGCUGGCGGCUGGUCCUCGCCAGGUCCUGCCAGCGAUGGCUGGUCCUCCCAGGGCGGCGGCGGUGCCAGCGCCGGUUGGUCCUCUCAAGGCGCCGGCAACGGCGGCAGCUGGUAA